CUGGGAGGUUGUGAUCCCAGGUGUCGUAGUAGUAAUUUAAUUAUGUGAAGAAUAAUGAAGACCUCCGAAGUCCGAAGGCGAAGGUGUCUCUUGAGAAUGAGGUUUGGAUUCUUCCACAAUGUUAUCCACAAACCAUUCCUUUUAAUGUUUAGUUUUCCAAUCAAACAACCUAACAAAUUAAACAUGGAGAGAGCAUAAUUUGUUCUAAUUAAGGUAGAUUCCCAUUGAAUUGAAUUGCGAGCUAGCUAGCUUUUGUUCCGGCCGGCCGGAUCCCGCAUGUGAGGAUCGGAGAAUCAUAUACAUCAAUUAUCAAAGGUCGUCGCCGGUUUUGAGUGUAUGAGAAUAAUUAAAAUUAUCAGAAGAUGCCGACGCCGUCGACACCAUUCGCCGGCAAUAAUAAUGCUUUAGGUGUAUCGAACAAUAAUGAGAAGCAGCAGCUAGCAGCUCAAACGUUGUCCGACCACAAUAAUGAAGAAGAUACUACAUAAGGCGCUGGUGCAGAACGCUGCUUUCAGAGCCUUCUUCAAAAGCAAGCCUCGCCGCCCCCGGAAUCCCGCCGAAACCGUCGCCCAAACAAUCUCCUUGCUCUCCGCUCUCCAUUCCUUCGACGACCAGGAUGGUACCAAACAUUUUGAUAAGAUGGCUGAAAUCGAUGCCCUAAUGCAUGAUAUGAAAUCGAUGCUAUAUGGGAAUGUUGAAUCUGUGCCUGCUGGUGAUGAAACCUGUGCCCAACUCACUCAGGAGUUUUUUAAGCAUGACACAUUGCGCCUCAUCAUCAAUUGUCUUCCUAAGCUCAAUUUGGAGGCCCGCAAGGAUGCUGCUCAAGUUGUUGCGAAUUUGCAGAGCCAGCCUGUGAAUUCAUGCUUGAUUGCUUCUGAUUACUUGGCAGACAACCUAGACAUUCUGGAUCAUUUGAUUGUUGGAUAUGAGGAUUCGAGUCUUGCUUUGCACUAUGGAUCAAUGUUGAAGAAGUGUAUUAGGCACCAGGUUGUUGCAAGGUAUGUUUUGAAGCCAGAGCAUUUAAAGAGGUUUUUUGGCUAUGUCCAACUUCCUGAAUUUGAUGUUGCUGCAGAUGCCACAAGCACUUUUGAGGAGCUUUUGACAAGGCAUAAAUCUACAGUGGCUGAAUUUCUUUCUGAAAAUUAUGAUUGGUUUUUCACUGAAUUCAACUCACAACUGUUGGAAUCUCAAAAUUAUAUUACAAGAAGACAAGCAGUGAAGCUUCUGGGAGAAAUUCUGCUUGAUCGUUCAAAUUGCAGUGUGAUGGUGCGCUAUGUGAGCUCGUUGGACAACAUGGUGAUUCUAAUGAAUCUUCUGAGGGAAUCGAGCAAGUCCAUCCAGAUAGAUGCGUUUCACGUGUUCAAGCUUUUCGUGGCUAACAAGAACAGACCUUCUGAAAUUGCGAGUGUUCUGGCGAACAACAAGAACAAGCUCCUUCGUCUCUUGGAGGUCUUAAAGACAGACAAAGAGGACGAUAUAUUCGAGGCUGACAAAGUUGAGAUCAUCAAAGAAAUUUCUCAACUGGAUUCUCCAGGACAAUCUAGUGGGCCUGGAGAUCUGUUUCCAUCAACUCCUUCCACUCCGUUUACCUCCUCCGAAGAACUACAGGGAAUCCCCUCAUCGCUUGAACAAGAUUAAUAAUAAUAAUAAUAAUAAUAAUAAUAAUAAUAAUAAUAAUAAUAAUUUCAUUUCAUUUCAUUUGGUAGGGUUUAUAUAUCAUAAUAUUUAAUUCAAUUCUUUUAAUUUUCAGCAUGGAAAUUCAAUUUUGUGGCUGUUGCGUAACCCCAUCCAACCAUACAAGAUUGUAUACUAGUUUGUCAGAUCCCAUAGGUUAUGUUAAGAAUCAAUACAACUGUCAUGUUGUAUCUAUAAGUUUAGGUUUUAAUUUUAUUUAAGUCAUCAUUUUG